AUGGACGCCCGUCCGCGGUGCAACGUCUGCCACGAACCGUUCCACGCCUCUCCACCAACAAGCAGGGCGCGGAUUUUUGCAUGUGGCCACUCGACCUGCAGCGGAUGCAUCGAUCAAAUGAGAAAUCUGAGAAACUUGGAAUCGGAGCGACUCCUCGGAGGGGAUCCCACAAUCAACCGACAUAUGCUCAAAUGUCCGCAAUGUCGUAAGGAAACUCCGAUGUUUCUUCCGAAGGCUGAAAAAAUGUUAAGAAACUUUGCCGUCGAGCAGCAAUAA